AUGAACGACAUCACACAAAGAAAUGGUAUAGUUGGUGCGAUGAGAGAAUGCCCAAAAACGUUUCUAGAGAUACUCAUGGACUCAUCUUAUGAAAUUAGUAGGCUCACAGACGUGGAGUUAAGGGAAGAAGUAUUGGUCCUUGCAGUAGCGGGCACUGACACUUCAGCAGUUGGGGCUUCGUUUGUAUUGUGCAUGCUUUCACGCUUUCCCGAUAUUCAGGAGAAAGUUUAUGAGGAGUUAUUUGCAAUCUUCGGGGAUAGCGACAGACCCGUUCUGGCAGAUGACCUUCCGAAACUCAAAUACUUGGAAGCUGUUAUUAAGGAAACGUUGAGGCUUUAUCCACCAGUACCUCAUAUUUUCAGAAAAGUUGAUAAAGAUUUAACACUUCCGUCCGGCGUCACAUUGCCUGUAAAUACUGGGGUCCUCGUAAGUAUAUGGUCGAUGCACCGUAAUCCCAAGUAUUGGGGUCUAGAUGCCGAAAAGUUCGAGCCCAAUCGUUUCCUGAAUGGCCAUAAACACCACCAAUAUUCUUUCAUGCCCUUCAGCAAUGGUCCAAGAAACUGUCUUGGCUAUCAGUACGCGAUGAUGUCGAUGAAGACGGUGCUAGCUACAUUGCUGAGAAACUACAAGUUCCUUCCAAAGGCGAUGCCUUGUGAAGCUGAUUUGCAGACACCGUUAACUGUCAAGUGUGACAUCAUGUUACGAGAUUCGGACGGAUUUCAGUUACAAUUGGAAACAAGAAAUAAAGUGAUCCCUAUGUAG